GGGAUAAGAGACUGUCGCAGGAAGCUACAGCUACCAGCGACAGCUCCGGCUCCGGCUCCGGCUCCGUCCCCGAGCAUGCGGCUUACAAUCCUUCAGCGGCCGUUUCGGCUGUCUCUCUCUCCACCCGGACGGAUACAGUGUAUCACGGCGCUACUCACUGGGCUGCGUUCCUGGACCAUAUUCGGGAAAUCCAGGUCGCACUCGAUGCCGAAACCGACAUCAGCACGGCGGCGACAUCACCUGUCCAGCAAUCUCCUGACUACAACCGUCCCGAUAUGCUGUUUGGCAACCUGGCGUCGCUCACAAUGGAAGGCGUCAUGGACAGUUUGCCAUCCCGCCGGGAUUCGGACAAGCUGGUGUCGUUAUACUUCAGCUCCAAGUUCACCACCGUACCAUUCAUCCACGUACACCAGUUCCAGAGACAAUAUCAGGCUUUCUGGGAGGACCCACCGGCUACUAGCUUUAUGUGGAUCAGCAUUUUGUUCUCCGUCCUGUGUAUUGCUUCCAUCGUCGCCGAUAUGAAAGGUUACGGGGAAUCCAUGUACUUGGACCUCCGAGAUCCAUGCUUCUUCAUGGGGAAAGCGGCUGAGAGUUUGGUCGCUGGCCAAUAUCUCACGAACAAGAAGUAUGCCAUCGAGGCGUUACUGAUACAUGCCCACUCGCGGAAUAUCUGCAGCAAGAACUCUGACUCAGUUCUCUGGGCCAUCUUCGGGUUCACCACACGCCUUGCCCAGCGUAGUGGCUAUCAUCGCGACCCAACUGGUCUACCUGAGCGCUUCUCGCCCUUUGAGACAGAGCUGCGCCGGCGGGCCUGGUUUUUCAUUGAGGUCCUUGAUCUUUUACUUUCCUGCCAGCUCGGCAUGCCUCCCAUCGUCCAUCAUGGAGGGAGCGACACCGAGAUGCCGAGCAACUAUAGCGAUGACGAUUUCGAUGAGGAUACCGUGGUGAUGCCACACCCUCGGCCGCCCAUCGACCCCACGCCGAUACUGUAUUACCGCACGAAGGGCCAGCUGUGUCGUAUAUUGAGAAAGGUCAUGCAACAAGUACUGUACAUGAAGCAACCGAAAUAUCAUGAAACAUGCACUUUGAACGACGAGCUGCACCUCUGGUAUGCUGAGCUUCCCGCGAGUCUCAAAAUUAGACCUAUCCGGACGACUAGCUUCAACGACCAAAACUUCACCAUCAUGCAUCGGAUCAUACUGGAGAUGGUGUACCGUAAGGCCUUGUGCCUGCUUCAUAGACCGUAUCUGAGUUUUGAAAAAGAGAACGGACAGUACGCGCCAUCGCGAGAUAUAUGCCGAGACUCGGCACUUAGGCUUCUCGACCUGCAUACCGACUUCGAUCGGGAAAUCAAGCCAGGUGGAAGGAUGUAUGAGGAUAAGUACAUGCUAUCCAGCUUAGGGUUGCAUGAUUUCAAGAUCGCAGCCAUGGUGAUUUGUCUAGAUUUGAACGAAUCGAGGCAUACGAGUAUUGUUGACCGAGAAAGGAGUAUAUGCGCUCUCCAAACAGCGUACAAUAUCUGGAAGGCUCGUGAGUUGGAAUCUCACGAUGCAAGGCGCGCCUCGAUCGUUUUGAGGGCGAUGAUGCGACGAUUGACGAAGCAAACCCUGACGAAUUCAGCACCAGGGGUGGACAGGUCUAUGCCUACACCAGUAUCAGAUCCUCCCUGUCAGCUUGAGUCUCAGCCUGCUGGCUAUGAGUUGCCGCCAAGCGACUGUGUUCAGGUGAAUGACCUGGGGCCUUCUACGUUCGGCUUGCUUGACUUUAUGCCCCUUGAUAGCGCCCUGAAUGAUCCUACAAACCUGGACUGGAACCUUCUCGACCAAUAUCUGGCUUUUAAUUGAACAGAAGAUAUGUAAUUAAACGUGUAAUUAAGGGAAAUGAUUGAGUCGAAUUUGUGACGAUGAGUUGAGUGGCGGUAAAAUGAAAUCUUC